AUGAAUAUAAUUAAAGUAUUUAUAUUAUUUUUUAUUAUUUUUAUAACUAAUACCGGGGCUUCCUUUCUUGAUCAAAUAUCAGAUAAAUUAAAUUUAAAAAAAAAAGAACAAGCUUACGGUAUAUAUGGAACAAUUUUGUGUAAUCAGAAACCAUCAGAAAUGAUUAAAAUACAAUUAUAUGAUAAAGAUAGAAAUAGUUUAAAUGAUCUUAUGAAUAGACAACAUACUGAUAUGAAGGGAAGAUUUAAUUUUUAUGGUUCAGAAUCUGAAAUUGGAAAAAUUACACCACUUGUUACUAUUGAACAUCAAUGUAAUGUUAAAGAUAGAAGUUCUAAAAAAUUAGAAUAUUUGUUAUCAAAAGAUUUUAUAACACUUGGAAGUGUACCAAAAACAUUUUGUAAUUUAGGUAACAUUGAUUUAGCUAAUGUAACGUCUUUGACAUUUAGUGGUUUGGGAUCAUUAUUUAGUAGAUCAAUUCAAUCAGUUGGUGUUAAAGGUACAUUUUUAUGUAAUACAAAACCAAUUGAAAAAGUUGAAUUGGAACUUUAUGAAAAAGAUACUUUUACUUUUAAUGAUUUAAUGAAUAGAGCCUCCACUGAUUUGAUGGGUCGAGUUACUUUUUAUGGAAGUGAUAAAGAAUAUUUAACAAUAAGACCACUUCUUGAGAUAGGACAUUUUUGUAAUGUAAAAGGAAGAACUAGUAAAAAAAUUGAAUAUCAUAUACCUCAAACUUACAUUAAUAUUGGAGAAGUUCCUACAAAAUAUUGUGAUUUAGGAAUUGUUGAGUUGUCUAAAAGUGUUACUAUUGAAUGUAAACAAACAAUUGAAAUAAUAACUAGUAAUAAAAAUAAUUUUAAUACUACUAAAAUUAAAAAAAUUUGA